CAGUUUGACAUGUUUUACCUACAAAAAUAGUACAACGAAAAUAACAAUAAAGCAAAAAACAGGAAAAAAAAUUGAAGAAAAAAACAAAUAAAGCAAAAAAAUAUUUCAAUAGUCAAACUAAUUUCAGACGUAAUAGCAGAGAAAAAGAAGCAACUAAAUAAAAUACAAUUAUUAUUGUGUUAUCAUCUAAAAAAAUAAAAAAAAAACACAAAAAGACUGCAAUUAUUGUUAAAAAAAAAAGAAAACAAAGUAACAACAACUAAAAUAAUUCUUCUUUAUAAUAAUUCUAUUAGAAAUCAUAAAUCUAGUUUAUAAUACAACAAAAACAACAUAUAAAACAAUAGCAAAUAAAAUUAUAAGCUGAUUAUUAAACAGUAUACGUUUUAUAAAUAUUAUUAAAAAAGGCAAAACUAAACAAUAAUAAAUUACUAAAUCAUAGCUAAAUAAAUUAUUAGCAACAACACUUCGAGUGUCAACAAUUUGUUGGGAAAAAAAGGGAAAGGAACACAGUGCCGCAUAAAAAACCUUGAGAAGAAAAAUUUGGAAAAUUAAAGAAAAAUGUUUUAAAUAAAACAAACAACCCCUGCAAACUUUAACAAUUUCGAAAACAAUUUAAAAUUGUUUAACGAUUUUCUUUUAAUUAUUCUAUAACAUUUCAUCACUUGAAAAUGUUGGGAAAUUUCUGGGAAAUAUUUUUCAUUUUCUCGCUGACUUCAUUAGGUGGUUCGUUGGUGUUCAGCGCUUCCAUUGAUACUGAUGAUUUACCACCCGAAACCAUUAGUCGCCUAAGAGAGAUUAAACAAAAUAUAUUCUUUUCGGAUGAACUGACAUCAUCGGAAUAUCGUGAUGAUUUAGAUAUAGAAUUGAGUCCACGCGAAAAUGUUGAAGACCAUGAAUGGGAUCUGCUGAUUUUCACACAACAAUGGCCCGUUACAACUUGUUAUCACUGGAGAGAAGAAGAUAAAAAUCACGAAUGUAAACUACCAAGUGAAAAAGAAUUCUGGACUAUACACGGAGUAUGGCCCACAAAAAUUGGACAAUUUGGUCCUUCGUUCUGUAAUAAAACCGCAGAUUUCGAUCCCAAUGCAUUGGAAAAAAUCAAGGAUAGUUUAAAUGAAUAUUGGCCCGAUAUUGAUGGUGAAUCGAAGGGUGAUUGGUUGUGGAAACAUGAAUGGCUUAAACAUGGUACAUGUGCCGCCACUCUAGAAGAAUUGAACAAUGAAUUGAAAUACUUUAAACAAGGCAUUAUUUGGCGUGAAGAUUAUUUGUUGUCGAAUAUUUUAGGUAGUGCUGGCAUACAUCCCGAUUCGAAUAACACUGUGGUGGCCUUACAUGCAGCUCUGGUAAAUGGUUUGGGUAAAAAUCCUUCCAUACACUGUUUGUAUGACAGUAAAAAUGAUGUCAGUUAUUUGGAAGAAAUACGCAUAUGUUUCAAUAAAUCUCUCGAUGUCAUGGACUGUGAUGGCGUUAAACAUGGUGAUGCUGUUUCGGUAUCCUAUCCCGGUGGCACUGUCAUCACCAAUUGUCACAUAUCAAAACCGGUACAUUAUCCCAGUCUGGUGCCGAAUCGCAAAAGGCUUAACGAAAAGAAAUGGAAAUUUCCCAUUGUCAAUGUUUAUAAGCUGUUACAGUUUAUUAUGUGGUUUACACUAUGAAUAGUAGAUGAGGAUCAGAAAAGCCCAGGAGCUUAAAAAAAUG